AUGGACAAGCCAACUCGUUCCGAGCUCAAUUCGGUCACGGGCGCCUACUGUUACGAGGGAGGACUAGCUGUGGGGCUCAGGUACACUUUCGUGCAGGCCGGGUCCAUAGUUGAGUCCGAGGACGACAGGAUCGAGGCGCUGCCAUCGCUGGAGCUUCCCGCCUCCUCCACGCGCGCAGGCUCAGCGAGGGUCGACAUCCCCUAG